AAAACAGGAAGAUCUCCUCAAUUGAAUAACAAUGCUCUAAAUGAUGGUAGAUUUUGGUAAGUGACCAGAUGCGUUAACUCUUCGUUAUUAACCAUGAAGAAUCGUUAAAUCAAUUUAAUUCUAGUUCAGUCGCAAUAACCGAACGUUUCCUAUUAUUCGUUUAACUAACGAGACAAUCAUUUCAUUAGAAUAUUUUAAAUGAAAAAAAAAAAAAAAAGAAAAAAACAAAUUUUGCUACGAGUCUUUCGAUCUUAUCAUUUUAACCGUUCAUAGGUCAAAAUGGUUAACUCCACUUCUUGUUAAAUUUUAGCCAACCGUUUGAUUGCCCAAACGAUUCAUUGGUUGCGUAAUUUCAUCAAUUCCCUCUACUUGUUACCUCGCGGAGUUAAUCGAUCUGGCAAGUAAGCGGUUCAGCCGUAUUUUUAAAAACGAUUUAUCUUUUAAAAUCACUAUUUUCUACUAUUCCUUAAAUACGUGUAAUGAUCGUAGCGAUCAAUCUGUAGCGUAAUAAAUCUUAUCUUAUCUUUAUUAUUCUCCUGAAAGUCACGGUUACCGACUCCGCUAACAGAGGUGCGUUUCUUCUUCUAUUGAAUUCAUUACGUAAAUUCAAUUGUAUGUCUACUAAUAAACGUAUAUUUCUCAAUGACCGACACGCUCUUGGUAUGAUGCGGAGCGUGUAUGCGCGCUCGCCUCGGAUCCGCGCUAUUAAGAAUAACCAAAGGUGAUUACCAUUUUACUUUCUACGGGGGCCACGUUACACAGCAUGCAAAUGCAAUAUUCUCUUGGCAACUGGCUACGGUUCCCUUGUGAUUUACGUCUGCGAUGGCUCGUUAGUAGUCGCUCUUGGUAUCGGCUUAUUAUAUGAACGACGUAUAUCAUCGCUUGACUUUCUGAUCGAGUUUGCCGACUAAUAACAGGAAACAGUGACCUUCUAUUUAGUAGACAGUAGCAUGUCUGGGUAUGUCGUGGUCAGUAAAGUGUCCGAUUGUUUGACGGGCACCCGGUACUCUAUGAUUUUGCACGCGUCACAUCCAACUAAACGGACGAACGUUCAAUUACUUUUCGAUCCACGUUUUAUCCACGACAGAUCUCGUUACGUUUGUUAAAUUACAGAAACCUUCGAAAUAUCGCACUUCUCUUUGUCUGUUGGUAAUCUCGUCGAACAGCGUGACAAAUUAGCAGCUUAAUCGUACGUCUCGUAUUAGUAGAAAAAGCGCCAGUGACGCGAGUUUCUUGAGUUUUGGAAGUUUCGGCACGGUACGAUGUAGAUGAUUUUCGUAGCAACGUGUGUUUCAUUUGUGCUACCUUCAGCAAGCAGAGUAAUCGUUUGCAGCGUGUUGGAGACUUCAAUAAUUUCUUUAGCUGCUUCGAUAGUCUCAUUGCCGAGGAACGAUCUAAAGAAGAAGAUGGGACGAGGAAGCGAGUGAAAAUUAGCGAAGAUGUACGGCCUAAUUCUGGAAAACAUGUCCGAGUACAUACGACAGGUGUACGGGGAAGAUAGAUGGGAGGAGAUCCGACGACAAGCAUCCGUAGAUCAACCUAGUUUCAGCGUUCAUCAAGUCUACCCUGAGAACCUUAUACCGAGAUUAGCGAAGAAGGCUAUUCACGUACUUGGCGUAACGGAAAAAGAAUUUUUCGAUCAGAUGGGUGUACACUUCGUAGGAUUCGUUGGCCAGUACGGUUAUGAUCGUGUGCUUUCAGUACUUGGGCGUCACGUAAGAGAUUUCCUUAAUGGAUUGGACAAUUUACACGAAUAUCUGAAAUUCUCCUACCCUAGGAUGAGAGCGCCUUCGUUUAUUUGCGAGAACGAGACGCGGCAAGGCCUGACCCUCCAUUAUAGGAGCAAACGACGCGGAUUCGUUUAUUACACGAUGGGUCAGAUAAGAGAGGUGGCCCGACACUUUUAUCACAAGGAAUUACAGAUCGAGCUGGUGCGCGAGGAGAUUCUAUUCGACACCGUGCACGUCACCUUUCAGCUCACCUUUGAUAACAGGGCUUUUACCCAAGCCUCGUUGACUAUGACACGCGAAGAGAAGCAUUUGCCAAUAGGAGCCUCUGUCUUGUUCGAAAUAUUUCCUUUUUGUAUCGUUUUCGGAUCAGACAUGAUCGUAAGGAGUAUCGGAAACUCUUUGAUGGUAAUAUUGCCCGAUCUAGUUGGCAAAAAGAUUACACACUUCUUCGACCUUGUCAGGCCACUCAUUGCAUUCAAAUUUCACUCGAUUUUAAACAGAACGAAUAACAUCUUCGAGCUAGUUACCGUGGAACCAAUUCUCACAGAACGGCCACCAGAUCGACAGAAAGAUGAAAUUUUACUGAGCGACGAACUCGACUCGGUAGAUGACAGAACCUUGAGAUUGAAAGGUCAGAUGAUAUACAUGGAUAACUGGAAGAUGAUGAUGUAUCUUGGUACGCCCGUUAUGCCAGAUUUGAAUUCCCUGAUCGCAACGGGUCUCUACAUUAAUGAUCUAUCGAUGCAUGACUUUAGCAGAGAUCUGAUGCUUGCUGGCACUCAACAAUCGGUGGAACUGAAGUUAGCUUUAGACCAGGAGCAAUUGAAAAGCAAAAAGCUAGAGGAGUCUAUGAGAAAGUUGGACGAGGAGAUGAAACGCACGGACGAAUUGCUGUAUCAGAUGAUACCGAAACAGGUGGCAGAUCGUUUGAGAAACGGCGAGAGUCCGAUAGACACGUGCGAGAUGUUCGACAGCGUUUCAAUUUUAUUCUCGGACGUAGUGACAUUUACAGAGAUAUGCAGCAGAAUCACACCGAUGGAGGUGGUGUCCAUGUUGAACGCGAUGUACUCCCUUUUCGACACGUUAACAGAACGGAACCGGGUGUAUAAGGUCGAAACUAUCGGCGACGCUUACAUGGUGGUAUCUGGUGCACCAGUGAAGGAGAAUGAUCACGCAGAUCGUGUGUGUGAUAUGGCGCUCGAUAUGGUCGAAGCGAUAACGGACCUCAAAGACCGAUCCACAGGUCUUCAUCUUCAAAUACGAGUCGGUAUCCAUAGCGGUGCUGUGGUGGCCGGUAUAGUCGGCUUGAAAAUGCCACGAUAUUGUUUGUUCGGUGAUUCGGUGAACACGGCAUCUCGUAUGGAGGCAACCAGCCAGGCGAUGCAAAUACACAUAUCAGAAUCCACGCGAGAACUAUUGUCACCGUCGUAUAAAGUUAAAGAACGAGGGGAGAUAGAAGUGAAGGGUAAAGGUACGAUGAAGACGUACUGGUUAGAAAAAAGGGAGCAUAGAUCGUCGUCGACGAAGGGAAUUACCAUUCAAGAGCCGCCACAGUGGAACACGAGAAAUACCGAGAAGAGAGUAUCCGCAGGGACGCCGGCUGCUUUCACGGCAGCCACCAUGUACGAAAAUCAAAAUUGCUUGGACACGUUGUCUAGGAGAGGUUCGAACAUAGUCUCGCCAACGCCUGCAGAUUCGACGUUCAUCCCCGAGGAAAGAAGAAUUUACUCGCCUAUCACGUUCCAAGACGUUGCUCGUCGAUCGGUGGCAAAUUCACCGACGAAGAACGCCGAUUCGAAAGAAUGCAGGUCGAACUCGAUAGGUGCGGUGAUGACCAGGAACUCGGAGAUGUUCAGCUGCCUUCUGAGCGACACCGAGGAACAUUUCAGACAGCACAGGGACAGUUUAUCGCCCCGCGCGGAGAACCGAUCGGCCGGGAUACACCCGAAACCAGAGCUGAACGUGACGAGCUCGAGUUCGUCGUCGGAGGAGUCUCGUGACGACAGAGCUGCGUCUGCCGAUUCCGACGUCUCGAAGCGACAGAAGAGCAAAGAGUAUUACACCACGUUCCAUAGCGAUCUCAGCAACUCGCAGUCGUUGACGCACCAGGAUCAAUGUUGUCCUGGUUUCACGAUGUCGAAGAGCGGCAAAACGCGCCAUCAGAACAACGGAUGCUGCAUCGCCUAGUAGGGCAAGCCGCGAGUCAGUUCAUCGAUUUGCCUUCUCGACGAGUUGACCUCGUUGUUUCGACGGUGCGUACACCGAGCGUGAUCGAACUCAUGGUUGCGAGUAUACAGAGUGUCCUACGCAACUGGGACAAGCUACAGCUCUGAAACGCUAGAAGAUAGGAAAGAAAAUUCGUUGGACAAAAUUAAUCGAGGGCGAUGGUAAAUAAUACGCUUUGAAUAUUCCGAGAUCACCUGUUUGGAGUAGCAGGAUCGUUCAGAGACUGACAACCCAAGUAAUUUUGACACCACGACGAUACGAUGCAUUCUGAAAAGAUACUUUGUCCUCAACUUUAGCAGUUUUUCGUGA